UGGCUGGCAACUUCAGCAAUCUGUCCUGUGAGCUCCAGCAUGGAUGACAUUUACAAGGCUGCGGUAGAGCAGUUGACAGAAGAGCAGAAAAAUGAGUUUAAGGCUGCCUUCGACAUCUUUGUGCUGGGUGCUGAGGAUGGCUGUAUCAGCACCAAGGAGCUGGGCAAGGUGAUGAGGAUGCUGGGCCAGAACCCCACGCCAGAGGAGCUGCAGGAGAUGAUCGAUGAAGUGGAUGAGGAUGGCAGUGGCACAGUGGACUUUGAUGAGUUUCUGGUCAUGAUGGUGCGGUGCAUGAAGGAUGACAGCAAAGGGAAAUCUGAGGAGGAGCUGUCGGACCUCUUCCGCAUGUUUGACAAGAAUGCUGAUGGCUACAUUGAUCUGGAGGAGCUGAAGAUGAUGUUGCAGGCUACAGGUGAGACCAUCACAGAAGAUGACAUUGAGGAGCUCAUGAAGGAUGGCGACAAGAACAAUGAUGGCCGCAUUGACUAUGAUGAGUUCCUGGAGUUCAUGAAGGGUGUGGAGUAAGCUGCUGACCUCUGCCCAAAGCUGCCAAUGCCCAUCUUCCCACUCCAGACAGACUCUGGGUUGGGGCAGGAGGGCCAGACUCUCUAGGCCCUGAGCCUGGCUGUGUCCUUGACCCCUGGCCCUCCUCACCCGCUCCUUACCCCUGUCCUGGAGAGUGCAAAUAAAGCCUUGU